GCUUAUCAUUUCACGGGUUCCUUCAUCUCCUCUAUUAUAUUGCUCAAUUAAAAUUUCCAUUUUUUAUACAUCUCUCGGAACAAGUUCAACAUUUACUUGCAUAUUGUGAUUCAUCUCUUCGAAAUAAUGGUGUUAGAUCAGCACGAUUAAGACGUGUUCAAAUUAAUCAUGAAAAUUGUCGAAA